CGGCGACACAAUCGAAGACACACGACGUAUACAUAGUAAUAUAUCGCUGUGGUAAAAUACGCCUACACGCCGCCGUCACCACCAGUAACGUCAGUACAUCCGGCUCUAGUUGACAUGUAAUAGAUUAUGAUAGAACAAACAGCAUUACACAACAUCUUAACAUGGGUAAUUGCAGUGAUUUUAUUUAUUUUCCAAUCACUCAACUAUUUUAUUGCAUGGAUAAAAAACUACGUAGGACACGGACAAAAAAAAACUACUGUUGUGACAACAGAUACAACAACAUUAUCUGAAUUGAAUCCGAAUAAUAACAAUGCACCGAAAAAUGUUAUUGCUGUCCAAGGACUGAUCCAAAAACACUUUGACAUUCCUCUGAUAAUUGCAGAAGAUGAACCAAAAGUGAAUGAUUUUAUUAAAAAUGCUCAAUUAUUGAUAUCUAAUGAAAAUUGCAAAGAAAAACAGAAAAUAGAUCAAUUUAUGGAGCAUUUUGUCGAUGACUCUUAUGUUGCGCGUGGCCUAGGUUUGAUAACUGCAAACGUUGGACGUGAAUCAGAAUUUUAUUUGUACUCAAAAUAUGAUAAUAAUUUUGAAAACGUCGUUAUUAGACUCAAAGGACGUCACGGAGAAAGUGGUCAAAUCACAAUAUCAAGCCAAGACCCUACAAACCUUAUUGAUACAAAAUUAAUUCCCAUGGAUUAUUUUUAUGAUGAAGAUAGAAUCAAAGUUACUUACACACCAUUUGCAGAAGGAGUGUAUACAUUAACACUAGUACGAAAUGGUUUAUCCAUUUGCCGCUCUCCAUAUUAUAUAUCGGUAGAAAAAAGCCCGACAAAUUCUAGAUCUCAAAUUCGUUUAGGUACAAAGAAAUAUAAAAUGGUAAGUAAAUUUGCUAAGGCCAAGCAUGUACCUCUUGAAACUUGUGACAGUAAUAUUCCUGUCAUUGAACCCAGAAAACCAUCUAUUAGUAGAAAUGUUCUUCCAGCAUCGGUAGAAAACUCUAUACGAACAGACGUUAUGUCUAUAGUAACAAAAUUUGAAUCCAAUAGUAUAAAUUUUCAAAAAAAAAUUAAUAAACGUACAUCUAACAUAUCCAAAACAAGCCCAAAAACUGAUUUGAUCAAUGAAAUUUCAACAAAUUCGAAUAUUCAACCGAAAAUUGUAACUGUCAAUGAUCAUGAUACUAAUGUCAAUGAUUUAAAUUCACCAAUUAUUAAUUCGAUUCCUAAAUCCACCGAAGAAAAAUUUUGGAGUAACUUAGAUAUUUCCAAUAUAAAUAGUAAGAAAAAUGAUAUAAAUUCUAUAGAUGCCAAAAGUAACCGGAUAAAGAAGUCCAUAAUAAAGCUAGAUAAAAGCACUAGAAAUACAAGCGAUAUACCUCGAGUAAAAAAUGUAUCAUUAAAUCACCUAGGACCUACAAACAGUGCAUUAUUAAAGGAAAGCUUAAAUCAUGAGAAUUCACACGACGUAGAAAAACAAAAUAAAACGUAUAAUACAAAUGAACUUAUUUAUGGACAAAACCAAAUUGAAACGUUUCUAGAUCCAAUUACUAUAAUAGAUAAAUCCGAAAUCAAAUGUAUAGACAAUGAACUAUGUACACAAAAUGAAGUAUCGUGUUUUGAUGAUGAUAACGAAAAAACUGUAGUUGUAAUGGAAAAUAUUAACGAGCUAGAAUCGCAUCCCAAAGAUUCUGCGAUUCAAAAAAUAAGCGAUUCAGCACAAUACAAUAUUUAUACCCCUUUAGCAAGUAUUAUAACAAAAAUAACUAAUUGUGUUUGUGAAAAAUGUUCAAUACAAGUAUUAAAAAUACUAUCUGAGAUUCCGAGAGAUAUAAACUUAACAUAUAAAAACAAUUCAAAUGAAAUCUGUUCAAGCUUUGAAACACUUCUUGCUCAGCCAAUUAGCAUUAAUAUUAAUAUAGAUAACUUAUUUGAAAACUCUAUAAAACCAACAAAUGAACAAAAAAGUGAUAAUUUGUUGAGUAAAAGUCCAACAAAUAUGAAACUAAUGGAUACAAUCAAUAAAGACGUAAAAUAUCAUUAUCUAAAUGAAAUCACACCUACAGAUAAUACUUCUAAUGAAAUAUACUGUGACAUCAAUAACACAACUAAAGAAUUAAUUAUCAAAAAAAAUAAACACGAUGGUGAAAUAAAUAAAACGAAAAAUGAUAAAAUAACCAAUAAUAAUUUUGUUAUACCCUUUACUGAACACGAUAUAGAUAAACACAAAACAAUACAACUAGAAAAUAAAUUGUCUACAAAUGAAAUAAUAAAAAAUGAAUAUUCAAUUACUAAUGAAGCAAAUGUAUUAAACUGUCAUCAACUUAAUAAUGCUACCAUUUAUAAAUUAGAUGAUAAAAUGCAAAUGCAAAUUCAAGAUGAGCAAAUAUCCUUAGAAUAUAAUAUGGACUUAAUUGAAACACAUAAAUUUCACGAAUACAACAACAAAGAAUUAAAGAAAAUCAAUAAAGAAAAUAAUAAAACAUUAGACAAAAGUGAUUUAGUAACAACUAGUUACGAAAUAAAAAUUAAUACAGAACCAGUAAAAGAAGAAUUCAAAAUUAAGAACGAUAUCAUUGCAGAAAAAAAUACAAAUAGCCAAAGUUUUCCUAUAAAUAGCACAGUAUUAGCAUCGAUUGAGGGUGAAUUACCGACUUUAAGAUAUAAAUCAGAAGAUAAUCGACAAAAUAUAAGCAAUAUAUCCAAUAUUAAUUUCAUAAUAAAUGAAAACCAAAAGUUAAUAAUUGAAAACUCAAUUGAACCCGUAUUAAACAAUUUCAAAAACAAAAUAGUUGAAAAAAUUACACAAUUAUAUUUAAAUAAAAAUUUAUCAAAUACGGAAAACACUUCGAUCAAUGAAAACCAUGAUAUACAAGAAACAUUUAAUUUACAAGAAACUAAACUUCGUAACAACGAUGAAAAUAAAGAAAUUAAAACUAAAUGUAUUGAAAAACUCAAAUCUCAAUUAAAAAAUCAUAUUGAUAAAAAUGAAAUAUCAAAAAUAAUAUUAGAUAAAACAAAAAAGGAUAAUAAUCAUCUAUUUAAAUAUGUCAAAAAUAUAAUUAAAACAAAUAUGCAUCCAAGUGAAAUGCAAUCAGAAAAAUUGACUAAAAAUAAUCCUCAGACACUUGUAAACAUAGCAAAAAAACACAUAAAUAACCAACAAAUAAACAACGACUUUAAAAGGAUGAUAACAGAAAACGAAACGAAAAAUGUUGAAGUUAAAAAAAACAAUAACGAAGAAAUAGUACAAGACACAGAGAUUAUGCUAACCAAAACACCAAGUGAUAUAAAAAUUGAAACUAUGACUGAAACAAUAAAAUCAAAUAUAUCAGAAAAAACUGAAGUAAUACAAAAUAUUGAUGAUAAAAACAAAAUUGAAACAAUAAAAUUACAGAUUAACGACAAUGAAUUAAGAAAAAUACACAAUACAAUUGAAAAAGAAAUAAUAUAUGGAAAAGUGGAAAAUAAUAAUAUGGGUACAACUAUAAACUCAACUAAAAAUACAGCAACAAAUCAAUUAAAAAAGAAAGAUAGCGAAUUUCAAGAGACGAAAAAAAUGACAGAAGCUAUACAUAUAGAAGUAGAAAAAGAGAAUAAUAAUAAAUUAUCACAAAUAAACAGAAUUAAGGAUAUUAUGAUUGAAAAUCCAAAUUUAGAAAACAAAGUAUCAAAACUAAAUGAAAAUAUGGUAAAAGUAAUCGAAGAGAAAGAAAUUUCAUCAGAAUCGACUUCAUAUAAUAAUGCGAAAAAGUUAAGCAUAAAAAGACCUAAUACGGGGAAAACAGAAAAAGAAGAUGAAACAUUAGGAAAUACUAAAGAAAAAGGAAAAAUAUUAUCCAACUAUCAAUUAGCAAACGAUCUAUCAAAUACUGUUACAAAAGAUUUUAAAAAAGAAAAAGAUACUUCACACAACUCAUUGAACACAAAAUAUAAACUAACAACUUUAGAAUCAACAGUAAAUGAAAUUAAUUGUAAAAUCGGAAAAAAAUAUGAAGAUAAAGAUAAAGCAAAUGAACAUUUAGAAAAAAAUGACGCUACUCAUGAAACUGAAAUAAUGUCAGAUAAGAUAAUUAAUAGACCUGAAAUAGACAAUUCAUCAUUGAUUAAAUCAUCUAUAACACCAAUACUGAAAAAAAUUGUGGUAGAAUUUGUAACUAAAAAAAAUACAACUAUUGAUUCAUUAGCAAUUAUUGUACACGAACAAAGUGAACAAAACGAUGAAAAUACAAAUGACACUAAAACAAAAACAAAUACAUGGAAAUUUGUUAAAGAGAAAGAAGAGAUUAAUAAAAAAAAAAAUACAAGAUCUAAACCUUGUACUAAUACGUCAAAUGUAAAAGUAGAAAAAUUGGAUGGAGAAAAUCUUAAAGAAGAAAAUAAUCUGAAUGGUGAAAUUAAACCGAAUAUAACAAAUACAAACAAUAUAAUAGAAAAUGAAACAGACCAACCCAUUAGAAUAUCAACUACUUUUCAAAAAGCAAAGAUAGAAAAAGAAAAAAUAAUAAUAAAUCCAUCAACACCUGUUACAUCUGCAGUGGAAUCAAAAAUCGAAGAAGAUAUAAAUGGAAGUGACUUGAUAGCAUGUACUGAAACGUCAAAUUUACAAGUAGUUGAAGCAACGGCUGUGGGAGAAGUCAUUGAAGAAAAUACUACUUAUAGUGGAACAAAGACGGAAAAAGCUACAAAUUACGAUAUUAAUCAGAUGGAUACAAGCUUACCAACAGAUACAUCGUCCACAUCUGAGGAAGUUACGAUAGAAAAAGAAGAAAUAGUCAAAACUCCAUUACAAAUUGAAUCUCCUGUCACUUCUACAGUGGAAUCGAAAACAGAAGAAGAUAUAAAUGGAAGUGAUUUGAUAGCAUGUACUGAAACGUCAAAUGUACAAGUAGUUGAAGCAACGGCUGUGGGAGAAGUCAUUGAAGAAACUACUACUUAUAGUGGAACAGAGACGGAAAAAGCUACAAAUUACGAUAUUAAUCAGAUGGAUACAAUUUUACCAACAGAUACAUCGUCCACAUCUGAGGAAGUUACGAUAGAAAAAGAAGGAAUAGUCAAAACUCCAAUACAAAUUGAAUCUCCCGUCACUUCUACAGUGGAAUCGAAAACAGAAGAAGAUAUAAAUGGAAGUGAUUUGAUAGCAUGUACUGAACCGUCAAAUUUACAAGUAGUUGAAGCAACGGCUGUGGGAGAAAUUAUUGAAGAAAAUAAUGAUACAAGCUUACCAACAGAUACAUCGUCCACAUCUGGGGAAGUUACGAUAGAAAAAGAAGAAAUAAUCAAAACUCCAUUGCAAACUGAAACUCCCGUCACUUCUACAGUGGAAUCGAAAACAGAAGAAGAUAUAAAUGGAAGUGAUUUGAUAGCAUGUACUGAAACGUCAAAUUUACAAGUAGUUGAAGCAACGGCUGUGGGAGAAGUCAUUGAAGAAAAUACUUCAAAUAUUGGAACAGAGAUGGAAAAUGCUACAAACUACGAUAUUAAUGACACAGAUACAAGCUUACCAACAGAUACAUCGUCCACAUCUGAGGAAGUUACGAUAGAAAAAGAAGAAAUAGUCAAAACUCCAUUACAAAUUGAAUCUCCCGUCACUUCUACAGUGGAAUCGAAAACAGAAGAAGAUAUAAAUGGAAGUGAUUUGAUAGGUUGUACUGAAACGUCAAAUUUACAAGUAGUUGAAGCAACGGCUGUGGGAGAAGUCAUUGAAGAAAAUACUUCAAAUAUUGGAACAGAGAUGGAAAAUGCUACAAACUACGAUAUUAAUGACACAGAUACAAGCUUACCAACAGAUACAUCGUCCACAUCUGAGGAAGUUACGAUAGAAAAAGAAGAAAUAGUCAAAACUCCAUUACAAAUUGAAUCUCCUGUCACUUCUACAGUGGAAUCGAAAAUAGAAGAAGAUAUAAAUGGAAGUGAUUUGAUAGCAUGUACUGAAACGUCAAAUAUACACAUAGAAGAGGCAACGGCUGUGGGAGAAGUAAUUGAAGAAAAUAUUUCAAAUAUUGGAACAGAGACGGAAAAAGCUACAAACUACGAUAUUAGUGAGACGGAUACAAGCUUACCAACAGAUACAUCGUCCACAUCUGGGGAAGUUACGAUAGAAAAAGAAGAAAUAAUCAAAACUCCAUUGCAAACUGAAACUCCCGUCACUUCUACAGUGGAAUCGAAAACAGAAGAAGAUAUAAAUGGAAGUGAUUUGAUAGGUUGUACUGAAACAUCAUAUUUACAAGUAGUUGAAGCAACGGCUGUGGGAGAAGUCAUUGAAGAAAAUACUUCAAAUAUUGGAACAGAGAUUGAAAAUGCUACAAACUACGAUAUUAGUGAGACGGAUACAAGCUUACCCACAGACACAUCGUCCACAUCUGAGGAAGUUACGAUAGAAAAAGAAGAAAUAGUUAAAACUCCAUUACAAAUUGAAUCUCCUGUCACUUCUACAGUGGAAUCGAAAAUAGAAGAAGAUAUAAAUGGAAGUGAUUUGAUAGCAUGUACUGAAACGUCAAAUAUACACAUAGAAGAGGCAACGGCUGUGGGAGAAGUAAUUGAAGAAAAUAUUUCAAAUAUUGGAACAGAGACGGAAAAAGCUACAAACUACGAUAUUAGUGAGACGGAUACAAGCUUACCCACAGACACAUCGUCCACAUCUGAGGAAGUUACGAUAGAAAAAGAAGAAAUAGUCAAAACUCCAUUACAAUUUGAAUCUCCUGUCACUUCUGAAGCGGAACCGAAAACAGAAGAAGAUAUAAAUGAAAGUGAUUUGAUAGGUUGUACUGAAACGUCAAAUUUACAAGUAGUUGAAGAAACAGGUGUACGAGAAGUCAUUGAAGAAAAUAUUUCAAAUACUGGAACAGAGACGGAAAAAGCAACAAAUUACGAUAUUAAUCAGAUGGAUACAAGCUUACCAACAGAUACAUCGUCCACAUCUGAGGAAGUUACGAUAGAAAAAGAAGAAAUAGUCAAAACUCCAUUACAAAUUGAAUCUCCCGUCACUUCUACAGUGGAAUCGAUAGAAAAAGAAGAAAUAAUCAAAACUCCAUUGCAAACUGAAACUCCCGUCACUUCUACAGUGGAAUCGAAAACAGAAGAAGAUAUAAAUGGAAGUGAUUUGAUAGGUUGUACUGAAACGUCAUAUUUACAAGUAGUUGAAGCAACGGCUGUGGGAGAAGUCAUUGAAGAAAAUACUUCAAAUAUUGGAACAGAGAUUGAAAAUGCUACAAACUACGAUAUUAGUGAGACGGAUACAAGCUUACCCACAGACACAUCGUCCACAUCUGAGGAAGUUACGAUAGAAAAAGAAGAAAUAGUUAAAACUCCAUUACAAAUUGAAUCUCCUGUCACUUCUACAGUGGAAUCGAAAAUAGAAGAAGAUAUAAAUGGAAGUGAUUUGAUAGCAUGUACUGAAACGUCAAAUAUACACAUAGAAGAGGCAACGGCUGUGGGAGAAGUAAUUGAAGAAAAUAUUUCAAAUAUUGGAACAGAGACGGAAAAAGCUACAAACUACGAUAUUAGUGAGACGGAUACAAGCUUACCCACAGACACAUCGUCCACAUCUGAGGAAGUUACGAUAGAAAAAGAAGAAAUAGUCAAAACUCCAUUACAAUUUGAAUCUCCUGUCACUUCUGAAGCGGAACCGAAAACAGAAGAAGAUAUAAAUGAAAGUGAUUUGAUAGGUUGUACUGAAACGUCAAAUUUACAAGUAGUUGAAGAAACAGGUGUACGAGAAGUCAUUGAAGAAAAUAUUUCAAAUACUGGAACAGAGACGGAAAAAGCAACAAAUUACGAUAUUAAUCAGAUGGAUACAAGCUUACCAACAGAUACAUCGUCCACAUCUGAGGAAGUUACGAUAGAAAAAGAAGAAAUAGUCAAAACUCCAUUACAAAUUGAAUCUCCCGUCACUUCUACAGUGGAAUCGAAAACAGAAGAAGAUAUAAAUGGAAGUGAUUUGAUAGCAUGUACUGAAACGUCAAAUUUAAAAGUAGUUGAAGCAACGGCUGUGGGAGAAAUUAUUGAAGAAAAUACUACUAAUUUUGGAACAGAGACGGAAAAUGCUACAAACUACGAUAUUAAUGAAACAGAUACAAGCUUACCAACAGAUACAUCGUCCACAUCUGGGGAAGUUACGAUAGAAAAAGAAGAAAUAAUCAAAACUCCAUUGCAAACUGAAACUCCCGUCACUUCUACAGUGGAAUCGAAAACAGAAGAAGAUAUAAAUGGAAGUGAUUUGAUAGGUUGUACUGAAACGUCAAAUUUACAAGUAGUUGAAGCAACGGCUGUGGGAGAAGUCAUUGAAGAAAAUACUUCAAAUAUUGGAACAGAGAUGGAAAAUGCUACAAACUACGAUAUUAAUGACACAGAUACAAGCUUACCAACAGAUACAUCGUCCACAUCUGAGGAAGUUACGAUAGAAAAAGAAGAAAUAGUCAAAACUCCAUUACAAAUUGAAUCUCCUGUCACUUCUACAGUGGAAUCGAAAAUAGAAGAAGAUAUAAAUGGAAGUGAUUUGAUAGCAUGUACUGAAACGUCAAAUAUACACAUAGAAGAGGCAACGGCUGUGGGAGAAGUAAUUGAAGAAAAUAUUUCAAAUAUGGAACAGAGACGGAAAAAGCUACAAACUACGAUAUUAACGGAAAAUGCUACAAACUACGAUAUUAAUGAAACAGAUACAAGCUUACCAACAGAUACAUCGUCCACAUCUGGGGAAGUUACGAUAGAAAAAGAAGAAAUAAUCAAAACUCCAUUGCAAACUGAAACUCCCGUCACUUCUACAGUGGAAUCGAAAACAGAAGAAGAUAUAAAUGGAAGUGAUUUGAUAGCAUGUACUGAAACGUCAAAUUUACAAGUAGUUGAAGCAACGGCUGUGGGAGAAGUCAUUGAAGAAAAUACUUCAAAUAUUGGAACAGAGAUGGAAAAUGCUACAAACUACGAUAUUAAUGACACAGAUACAAGCUUACCAACAGAUACAUCGUCCACAUCUGGGGAAGUUACGAUAGAAAAAGAAGAAAUAAUCAAAACUCCAUUGCAAACUGAAACUCCCGUCACUUCUACAGUGGAAUCGAAAACAGAAGAAGAUAUAAAUGGAAGUGAUUUGAUAAGUUGUACUGAAACGUCAUAUUUACAAGUAGUUGAAGCAACGGCUGUGGGAGAAGUCAUUGAAGAAAAUACUUCAAAUAUUGGAACAGAGAUUGAAAAUGCUACAAACUACGAUAUUAGUGACACAGAUACAAGCUUACCACCAGAUACAUCGUCCACAUCUGGGGAAGUUACGAUAGAAAAAGAAGAAAUAGUCAAAACUCCAUUACAAUUUGAAUCUCCUGUCACUUCUAAAGCGGAACCGAAAAAAGAAGAAGAUAUAAAUGAAAGUGAUUUGAUAGGUUGUACUGAAACGUCAAAUUUACAAGUAGUUGAAGAAACAGGUGUACGAGAAGUCAUUGAAGAAAAUAUUUCAAAUACUGGAACAGAGACGGAAAAAACAACAAAUUACGAUAUUAAUCAGAUGGAUACAAGCUUACCAACAGAUACAUCGUCCACAUCUGAGGAAGUUACGAUAGAAAAAGAAGAAAUAGUCAAAACUCCAUUACAAAUUGAAUCUCCCGUCACUUCUACAGUGGAAUCAAAAACAGAAGAAGAUAUAAAUGGAAGGGAUUUGAUAGCAUGUACUGAAACGUCAAAUUUAAAAGUAGUUGAAGCAACGGCUGUGGGAGAAAUUAUUGAAGAAAAUACUACUAAUAUUGGAACAGAGACGGAAAAUGCUACAAACUACGAUAUUAAUGAAACAGAUACAAGCUUACCAACAGAUACAUCGUCCACAUCUGGGGAAGUUACGAUAGAAAAAGAAGAAAUAAUCAAAACUCCAUUGCAAACUGAAACUCCCGUCACUUCUACAGUGGAAUCGAAAAUAGAAGAAGAUAUAAAUGGAAGUGAUUUGAUAGCAUGUACUGAAACGUCAAAUGUACAAGUAGUUGAAGCAACGGCUGUGGGAGAAGUCAUUGAAGAAACUACUACUUAUAGUGGAACAGAGACGGAAAAAGCUACAAAUUACGAUAUUAAUCAGAUGGAUACAAUUUUACCAACAGAUACAUCGUCCACAUCUGAGGAAGUUACGAUAGAAAAAGAAGAAAUAGUGAAAACUCCAUUACAAAUUGAAUCUCCCGUCACUUCUACAGUGGAAUCGAAAACAGAAGAAGAUAUAAAUGGAAGUGAUUUGAUAGCAUGUACUGAAACGUCAAAUAUACACAUAGAAGAGGCAACGGCUGUGGGAGAAGUAAUUGAAGAAAAUAUUUCAAAUAUUGGAACAGAGACGGAAAAAGCUACAAACUACGAUAUUAAUGAAACAGAUACAAGCUUACCAACAGAUACAUCGUCCACAUCUGAGGAAGUUACGAUAGAAAAAGAAGAAAUAGUUAAAACUCCAUUACAAAUUGAAUCUCCUGUCACUUCUACAGUGGAAUCAAAAAUAGAAGAAGAUAUAAAUGGAAGUGAUUUGAUAGCAUGUACUGAAACGUCAAAUAUACACAUAGAAGAGGCAACGGCUGUGGGAGAAGUAAUUGAAGAAAAUAUUUCAAAUAUUGGAACAGAGACGGAAAAAGCUACAAACUACGAUAUUAAUGAAACAGAUACAAGCUUACCAACAGAUACAUCGUCCACAUCUGAGGAAGUUACGAUAGAAAAAGAAGAAAUAGUUAAAACUCCAUUACAAAUUGAAUCUCCUGUCACUUCUACAGUGGAAUCAAAAAUAGAAGAAGAUAUAAAUGGAAGUGAUUUGAUAGCAUGUACUGAAACGUCAAAUAUACACAUAGAAGAGGCAACGGCUGUGGGAGAAGUAAUUGAAGAAAAUAUUUCAAAUAUUGGAACAGAGACGGAAAAAGCUACAAACUACGAUAUUAGUGAGACGGAUACAAGCUUACCCACAGACACAUCGUCCACAUCUGAGGAAGUUACGAUAGAAAAAGAAGAAAUAGUCAAAACUCCAUUACAAUUUGAAUCUCCUGUCACUUCUGAAGCGGAACCGAAAACAGAAGAAGAUAUAAAUGAAAGUGAUUUGAUAGGUUGUACUGAAACGUCAAAUUUACAAGUAGUUGAAGAAACAGGUGUACGAGAAGUCAUUGAAGAAAAUAUUUCAAAUACUGGAACAGAGACGGAAAAAGCAACAAAUUACGAUAUUAAUCAGAUGGAUACAAGCUUACCAACAGAUACAUCGUCCACAUCUGAGGAAGUUACGAUAGAAAAAGAAGAAAUAGUCAAAACUCCAUUACAAAUUGAAUCUCCCGUCACUUCUACAGUGGAAUCGAAAACAGAAGAAGAUAUAAAUGGAAGUGAUUUGAUAGCAUGUACUGAAACGUCAAAUUUAAAAGUAGUUGAAGCAACGGCUGUGGGAGAAAUUAUUGAAGAAAAUACUACUAAUAUUGGAACAGAGACGGAAAAUGCUACAAACUACGAUAUUAAUGAAACAGAUACAAGCUUACCAACAGAUACAUCGUCCACAUCUGGGGAAGUUACGAUAGAAAAAGAAGAAAUAAUCAAAACUCCAUUGCAAACUGAAACUCCCGUCACUUCUACAGUGGAAUCGAAAACAGAAGAAGAUAUAAAUGGAAGUGAUUUGAUAGCAUGUACUGAAACGUCAAAUUUAAAAGUAGUUGAAGCAACGGCUGUGGGAGAAGUCAUUGAAGAAACUACUUCAAAUAUUGGAACAGAGACGGAAAAAGCUACAAACUACGAUAUUAAUGAAACAGAUACAAGCUUACCAACAGAUACAUCGUCCACAUCUGGGGAAGUUACGAUAGAAAAAGAAGAAAUAAUCAAAACUCCAUUGCAAACUGAAACUCCCGUCACUUCUACAGUGGAAUCGAAAAUAGAAGAAGAUAUAAAUGGAAGUGAUUUGAUAGCAUGUACUGAAACGUCAAAUGUACAAGUAGUUGAAGCAACGGCUGUGGGAGAAAUCAUUGAAGAAAAUACUACUUAUAUUGGAACAGAGACGGAAAAAGCAGCAAACUACGAUAUUAAUGAGACAGAAACAAUCUUGCCCACACAUACAUCGGCCACAUCUGAGGAAGUUACGAUAGAAAAAGAAGAAAUAAUCAAAACUCCAUUACAAAUUGAAUCUUCUGUCACUUCUACAGUAGAAUCGAAAACAGAAGAAGAUAUAAAUGGAAGUGAUUUGAUAGCAUGUACUGAAACGUCAAAUGUAAUAAAAGUUGAACCAAGGGUUGUGGGAGAAUUAAUUGAAGAAGAUAUGUCAAAUUAUCCAAUUAGUUCAAUAAUGAUGGUUAAAUUGAUUAUUAACAAUGAUAAGGAAAGUGAAACAUCCUUACCGAUUGUUACACCCUCUACAUUUGUGGAUGAUAUGAACAAAAUAGAAGAACGAAUCGAGACAUUGGAUACAUCUGUAGAACAAUCAACGUUAUUAAAAGAGGAACAGUUGAAUGUGGCAGAUAUAUUACAAAGUAAGCAUAUAUCACAUAUCCAUUCUUCUAAAAUAUUUUUAAAAAAUCAAUCAAUUUUAGAUUUUGAAAUAGAAAAAAAAAGUCUAUUUCCAAAUGAUGCUUUUUCUGAAUCUGUAGAAAAACAUGAUUUAGAUGAAGUUGGAAGACAAACACUUAGAGUAAAUGUUAAAGAGAUUAAAAAUACUAUACUUAUUGAUACACCUACAACAUUUGUUGAAGAUCAAAAAUUAGAAGACCGUGUAACUGUGAUUGAAAAUAUAUUAGCAAUUGACACUUCAACUGCAUCUGUACAAGAACAGAUACAGAUAGAAGAAGUUAUCAAAGAUGAAUCCAUGCCAUUAAUUAAUUCUUCAGUGUCAUUCGAUGAUGAAAUUGCAGUAGAACAAAAUGAGAUCAAAACUACAGCAAUGGUUUCUUCUAUUACAUCCAUGGAAGAACAGAUAAUUGUGAAUGCAGAUGAUGUAAUGGAUACUUUUACAGAAUCGUUAGAUAAAACUUCAGUAGAAAAACGUACACAUAAUGAAAUGUCGACACUAACAGAUAUUUUAGUUGCAGUUGUCGAUGAACAGAUAGACCUAAAAAAAGUUACGAAUAACGAAACUCAAAUACUAGUUGAUACUUCUACUGCAUUUUUAGAAAACCCAAUUAAAAUAGAAAAAUGUACUGAAAAAGAAAGUACAGCACUUUUUACUAGCGCGUCUACAUCUAAAGUAGAAUUAAAUGAAAUAGAUGUAAAGAGUGAUAAUAAAACUUCAACACCAGUUAAUUUAGCCUCAGUUGCAAUAGAACAAACGGAAACAGAUACGGAAAUUGAAAUUACAUCACCAAAUGUUAACGUUAUAAAUAGCAGUUCUGAAACAAUUUUGAUAGAUAAAGAAAUUAAAACGGAAAAUUCAGAUAAUCAUAAAAAUUGUUAUUUAAAAUUUGGAGAAUCGUCUAAGUUUCAUUGUUUGAAAAAUGAAGAAAUUCCACAAGGAAAAUCGUAUAGUAUUCAAAAAUUAGAAAUGUCUGUACAACGAUUAAAAACAUCCAAUGAUGAUUAUUAUGAAAAAACGUUUGUACAAUUGGAACAAACUGAAAAAAUCUCUAUUGUUGAUAAAGAUAAAGUUGACUGUGAAAAUAAAAAUAAUAUUGAUGAUAAAUUAUACACAGUCAACGAAUCCGACUUAAACGCAAUAUUGUGUGCGUCUUCUCUCGAAGAAGCACUUACCUUAUUGGACUCAAAAAUUAAAUUUAAAUUUAAACAUAGGAAAUCAUCUAGUAAAGCUAACUCUGCAACAUCAUAUAUUCCGAAAAUUCAAACAUCUGAGAGUAGAAGUAGCGGUAUUAACACAAACUUUACAGACGCUCGAGAUUUCUUUAAAGAAAUUGAAAAAAAAUCUAAAAAAUAAAAACAUAAUGAAAUAAAAAUAAUAUCUUAUAAAUAAUAUUAAAUAGUCAUUUAAUAAUAUUAGUAAAAUUAUUAUUUUAUGACCUGAAUUAAGAAUA